UUCAAAAAUUUCAAUAUUAAUCGAUUAAAUCCAACAGGAAGUUUAACAUCAAGAUGGGAAAGUUACUGUCAAAAAUUUUUGGCAACAAAGAAAUGCGAAUUUUGAUGCUUGGACUUGAUGCGGCUGGUAAAACAACUAUUUUAUACAAGCUCAAAUUGGGUCAGUCGGUAACUACUAUUCCAACGGUUGGAUUUAAUGUAGAAACAGUAACAUAUAAAAAUGUGAAAUUCAAUGUUUGGGAUGUUGGUGGCCAAGACAAAAUUCGGCCUUUAUGGAGACACUACUAUACAGGUACACAGGGUCUUAUAUUUGUCGUCGAUUGUGCAGACCGAGAUCGAAUUGAUGAAGCUCGAACCGAACUACAUAGGAUAAUAAAUGACAGAGAAAUGCGUGAUGCAAUUAUUUUAAUAUUUGCAAAUAAACAAGAUCUUGCAGAUGCAAUGAAACCACUUGAGGUGCAGGAAAAACUGGGUUUAACACGCAUCCGAGAUCGAAAUUGGUACGUGCAGCCAUCAUGUGGAACGUCUGGUGAUGGACUUUGUGAAGGCCUAACAUGGCUCACAUCAAAUCAUAAAUUAUGAGAUUAGAUGAAAUACCACCAUACCGCCCAAAAUAUCAGCCGCAAAUAACCAACAAACAGCAUACGCAAUAUACAACACACAAAACACAUAACAAAUAAUUCAACAAUUUAAUUCUAAUUUCAAUUUGUAUUUCGUAAAAUUAAACGGAAAGCAUGCGAGAUCGAUAUAAAUGACAAGAACGCAUUUUGUUUGAAAUGAACAACAUAAUUAAGAUAAUGUUGAGAAUUUACAAAAAAUUCGAAGCAAAUGAAAAGAAAAUGAAAUAUAAAUAAUAUUACGAAGAGAUGAAAAGACCGAAUCAAUUCACAACGUAUGUCAUACAUAACGAGGAAAGAGACACAAUUAUACGAUGAACACAUGCAUAUAAUUCUUAAACCUCCUGCGGACAGUGAUACUGAUAACAAAUACCGAACAGUAUAGGUCUCUCAGGCUCGCAGUGCAAAAUGUAUGGAAAUUAUUGAAAAAAUAUAUUAAACAUCGUUAAAUGUC